CCAACUCUUUCUUCUCCCUCAAAAAAGAAAAAAGAAAAGAAAAUCUCGUGCCCACCCCUUCGACCCAGAAAGAAACGCAGCGCCGCCGCCGCCGGUAUCAACCGCUCGCGUUGCUGCCUGCUCGAACCUGGAGGAGGAAGAAUAGGUAAGGAGGAGGGGCGCUUGCUCCGCCGUCGGGGACUCGGGCGACCGCCCGAGCUCGCCCAGUGCUAGAUCCGCCACUGCCGCCAUGAAACUGACCUGCGUGGCCACCCCCGGCAGCGGCGGCGACUACCACACGCCGGCGAGCCACUUACUGGAGGUGGAGGGCGUCCGCCUCCUCCUAGACUGCCCCGUCGACCUCUCGGCCCUCGCAGCAUUCGCCCCGGUGCCACUCGGCGCGGACUGCGGUGACGCGGGGGACCUCAUCCGCGCGGUUCCCUAUUACUGGUCGCCGGCGGCGGCCGCAGCCGCGAAAGCAGGUGGCGUGGAUGCCGUGCUCGUUUCGUCCGCAACGGGGAUGCUUGGGCUCCCCUUCCUCACGCGGCUCCCAAGCUUCGCAAACACCAAGGUUUAUGUUACAGAGUUAGCUGCAAGGAUUGGAAAGCUAAUGAUGGGGGAGCUCAUGGAGAUGCACUCUGAGUUUGUAAGAUACUAUGGGCUAGAUACGGAUGGGUCACCCAAGUGGAUGCAAGGGGAGAAACUCCAUAAACUCCUGUCGUCAUUGCAGAAUAUAGUGAUUGAAGAUGAGGGAAUGGAUUUAGCUCCUUUGAUGCCUCUCUACAGUGCCCCAAACUUAGAAGAAUGCAUGCGAAAAACCCAGACUGUGAAAUACGGGGAGGAGGUUUGCUUCAAUGGCAUGUUGAUGCUGAAAGCCUCUAGCUCUGGCCUGGAGCUUGGCAAUUGUGUCUGGUCAAUAAAGGGUCCAAGAGCAAGUAUUACCUACUUGCCAAGCACCUUGUUUGUGUCAGCCCAUGCCUUAGAUUGCGACUAUAACUCUCUGAAGGAAAAUGAUAUCAUUUUGUUUUCAGAUUUCUCGUCCUUGAAUGUCAUGGAUGAGAAUAAUGAGAAUCUGGGUGAGAAUGCAAUGGUUUGUGAUGACUCACUGUUGAGGGCUGAUGGUGUUGAUGAGGAUGAAUAUGUCCAAUGCCUGUCUAAGAAUGAUGAUAUUGCAGAGGAGAUAGAGAGAAUCAGUUUCAUAUGCUCAUGUAUAUCAGAUGCAAUCAAAUCUGGAGGUUCUGUUUUAAUACCAAUAGGACGACUUGGGGUUAUUCUUUUAAUUUUGGAACACAUAUCAGAAACGUUACUUUCUUCCAACAUGAAGGUACCCAUAUUUAUGAUUUCUGAUGCAGCAGAAAAAAUAAUAUCCUUUACGAAUGCCGUGCCAGAAUGGCUAUGCAAGCCACGCCAAGAAAAGCUAUUCUCGAGGGAGGAGGAGGCAUUAUUUGGCCAUGUGGAGCUUCUGAAGGAAGGCAGACUAUUUCUGUUUCCUCAUCUAUACUCAAAGGGCCUGCUGGCAGCGUGGAAGGAGCCCUGCAUUGUAUUUUGUCUAGACUGGAGCCUUAGGCACAGCACAGCAGUCCAUUUGCUUCGUCGGUGGCAUGCAGAUAAACGGAAUCUUCUUGUUUUGGAGCAAGGAGUUGAUACUGAGCUGACUCUUAAGCCUUUCACGCCUGCGGCAAUCCAAGUUCUUGAAUGUUCUUUUCUUUCUGGAAUAAAGGUGCGGAAAGUCAAUCCAUUACUGGCAGUUCUUAAACCGAAGCUCGUUCUGUUCCCUGAAGAACUGAAGUCGUGGUGUCCAUCGAAGGAGGACGCUCCAUGGUCAUACCUGUACUACUCCAAGGGAAAAACUAUCGAGAUCCCAAACAUACGAGAAGACUUCGUGGUGGGGCUUCCAACCGAUGUCGCCUUUGGGUUGCAGCCUAGGCAGUUGGACAAGGCCAUCGCCAUCGCGAGGCUGAGGGCAAAGCUCCAUCUCAGCAAGGGGCAGUACGUGCUGGUUGCUCCGAAGGAUCAGUCCGAUGAAUCGAACCGGCAGUUGCUACACUGGGGAGCUGUCGAUGCAGGCCGCCUGUUGUCAGCCUUGCAAGAGAAGGGGAUCGAAUGCGCUUUUCCUGCAGACAACGAUGAUGGCUCGGCGGGUUGUGAGCGCUCGAUUUUGAUUACCAGUCCGGGAGAAGCUCUGGUGAAGAUGGCGCCUGACAGGACCGUUAUCUACUGCGACGAUGAGAGUACAACCAAGCAGAUCUAUGAUGCUCUCAGCAGUGUUUGUAAUGGGAUCUAGUUACAUGCUACUGCACAGUUAAUGGUAGGGUUCAUGGGGACGUAAUCUGAAAGGAAAGAGUGUCAGAUGAUGAAUGUGGAAUUGCACAACUUGGUUUUCGCCGUGGAAUGUUGGAGUAGGUGGGUUUAGGAGCCACAUUGGUAUCAAGAGAAGAGAAUUAGUUGCACAUUUACCAGUUUGAUCUCUGACGAAACCAAGAGGACGAAAAUGAAGAAGUGAAACACAGUUUACCCUCUGAACACGCCUCGCCGAUGACUGAGCAUGCAUCAAGCAGUCCAUCUGUGGCGAGGAGGCUCCAGCGGGGGCGACCUGAGAACACAUGAGUUGAUAAGAGACGCUCGUCAAUCAAGCGGUUCAUAUCUCAUGUGUUCCCAGCUCGACCCCACAGGAAUUUCCUCGCGUGUCCUGUCCUUGUUCAGCAUAACGUCACUCCUGCUACGCUGACGGAAAUCUAUGGCUGUAUCUCCUCUUCUUCAGUUAAGUUGUGUCGAUCAAUUCUACUUAUAGCUUUUUGAUGCCACUCGGGGAGAAAGGGUUGUGACGGACGGA